AUGGACAUUCUCACCGUCGACGACGACGACGACGACGCCGCGCGCAAGCGCGUCAAGCUGGACGCGGCGCCGCCAUCGUGCUUCCACUGCGGCGCGGCGCCGGCGACGAACCGCUGCUCGCGGUGCAAGGCCGUCCACUUCUGCUCGCGUGCCUGCCAGCAGUCGGCCUGGCCGCAGCACCGGCGGACCUGCGCGCCGCCGAAGCGGUCC